AUGGACUUUGCAAGUCUCACUCGACCGGCAGUCAUCUGUCAUUGUCGCCGUUGCUUCAGCUCCCUGGCCGUCCUAGAAAAUGAAUGGGCCGAAGUUUCUAAUCUAUAUGCCACCUCAACCGCCUGGGUGAGCGUCGACGCCGACCGCAUAUCCGUCUCUUCUCAACGCAAGCGAAUUCCUGAUCAAAGCGAUGCAACUCUCAUCAGAGGUCGUAUCACACAAGAGGCAUCCUGUAGGAUGUGUCCAAGCUCCUCAAAACUCGGUGUUCUCGUCGAAAUGGACAAUGGUCCUAUCUUUAUUUGGAAGAUGUCAAAAGUCUCUUUUAGGGAGGUCGUAUCCAUGCGUCCAACGGAACCAGUCUUCAAGGAGGGUGCAAUCGACAAACUCCUCCCCUCACCACCCCAGGAGACACCACUAAGCGCCCGCAGCUCUUUCCAGGGCGGUGCUUUGAUUCCCGCCGGCGGGACGGAUUUUCGCUCCUUAGACCCCAUCAUGCAGAAUCACAUGCAACACCAAGGCCGAAGCAUCGAUCAAAUUUCCAGCUCAGUCAACAAUCUGCACGACACCAUGGCCGACCUCAAACUAUCCUUCAACUCCCUGCGAAUCAAGCUGAAUGUCCCGACGCGAUAUGGAGGUGAAGACAGCGGACCUGGCUUCGAUAUGGUUGCUACGGUUUUAAAGGAGCUGAAAUCCAAAUCCGAUGAGAUUGAGAAAUUGAAGCUGGAGAUCGAGGCUUUGAAAUUGAAGGCUCGAAUCGCGGAUUCGAAACCACAUACCCCGGAAUACAUGGCGGGACUCGAGGGAGCGCUGCCGCGAAUGCAAAGCCCCGAUCUGCUGCAGGCCAGCCGAAAGCGUGGUUGGGCAGAUACCUUCUCCGCCGGAAAUACUAUCGCUGUCGCGGAUACGUUUGAUGAGGAUGAUAUGGAGGACGACCUUUCGAUCACCGGCCACAUCCCCACCAAUGGCCCAAAUAUCCCUCUGAGAGAUUUGGCAUACAACUAUGAACGUCAGCCAUGGAGCGCGGAACCAGGUUUGCGGGACAUAUCGAUUAAUCAAGAACCAAGACUUGCUCAUUCCGCCCAGAGCCCAGCCAAGAGACAGCGUCUCACCCACGAGCCAACCGACACAGAUUCCAUGCCUUUAAAAAGACGGCCUGGUCGGCCCAAGAGAUCCGAUGUUCCGGUAGAUCCUUCCAAUCAGCGGAGUCGUUCCAGUGGUUUUGGGGGAAACGAAAAACAUCGAGGGUCCGGACGUCCUCGCCGCAGCGUUAUUCCUGCAUCUGAUGCAACUGCAGAUCAAGACAUCGUCGACGACGCCAAUCUUCAUCAACACAACUCCAUGCCAAACGACUACCCGGUUAUCCCUGAUGCUCCCAAGAUUCAAAAUGACCCUAGAUAUGAGAGCCAAUCCAAAGAUGAUGCACCUGCAAGUAGUCGAACUGCCCUUAAGCCCUUCAUCGAGGCGGCAACUGCCCCUAAGGCAAGGGGAAAUGAGGUCGCGAAUACUUCGACUGCCAUCCCAACAAUUGAAACCGAGAAUGGCACCAGCACAAACGAAGAUAUACCAGUGGACAACCAAUCCGCUCUCAAGAUUACAACCGAGACAACAAACGGAAUUCACUCGAAUGGUGACAAAGCCGGGAAUGAUCAGAAUGAUCCCCAGGAAAAUGGAACGACAGAGGAUCAGAACACCCUCUCUGUCCCCACACAAACAUCUGACAAAAGCAAAACCACUAAAAACGAAUCUGCAAAUGGCGCAAAGCUCGCCCGGGCUGGUAGUGGGAGAAAAAAGCGCAAGGCCAGUCUCGCGGCGCGGGACGCCAUGAUUCGAAGUGAGAUGCAGCGCGAGGAAGCAAUGGAGACCGAACAAACAUGA